UAUAUUUUGUUGAUGGACGCGUCGAUGCAUAGAAUUAGAAUAGAGGGUCCUUUCUCUUUACAACUGCCACCCAAUUUACAGAGAUGCUACGUUACCUUGUUCUUUCAGAAAAAAAAUAAUUAAGCUCGUUAAUUUUGGAGUUGAUCGAGGUAUUCUAUCGGUUUUGCUAAAAAGUCUUUAUCGUUUUUUAUAUAAAGAACCAUUUGUUUGGAGAGAGAGAGGGGCAUAAACGGCGAAAUUUACUGGUUGUGCGGCUAGCUAGAAACAAGCGGAGAUCGAGGAGGGGAAUUUCGAAAGAUAGUGAUUGCAGGGAGUGUAGAAAAACCAUUUUGGUUUUUUUCUUCUUGUUUUUGGGUUUUGAUCUGAUUUUUUUUAGAGCAGUUGCAGAAGAACAGAAUAUAUAUAUAAUUUUUAAAAAAUGUGGUGGAUGAUGAAUGAAAAUGGCGGCCAUUACUGCUCUAAGAAGACUGAUGAUAUCUGUAGUGAUUUUUGUGGCCAGGACUCGAGCCGAGUUUUGAGUAUGUCCAGAAUCAGGUGCAUCCUUCGUGGCAUGGAUUUAAAGAUGUAUUUGCUUCUAUUUAUACUCGUGCCACCAUGUGUCUAUGGUAUUUACAUGCAUGGACAGAAGAUCUCAUACUUCUUGCGGCCAAUAUGGGAAUCUCCACCAAAACAGUUCAAUGAAAUCCCACACUAUUAUCAUGAGAAUGUGUCAAUGGAGAACCUCUGCAAACUCCACGGUUGGGGAAUUCGUGAGUUCCCAAGACGUGUUUAUGAUGCAGUGUUAUUCAGUAAUGAACUGGACAUCCUAACUUUGCGAUGGAAAGAAUUGUACCCUUACAUCACACAGUUCAUUCUCCUUGAGUCUAACUCAACCUUCACCGGGACAGAAAAGCUUCUCUAUUUUGCCAACCAUCGAGAUCUGUUCAAAUUUGUUGAGCCCAGGUUGACCUAUGGAACCGUCGGAGGGAGGUCUAGGAAAGGGGAAAACCCUUUUAUCGAAGAGGCAUUCCAACGAGUGGCAUUGGAUCGACUUAUCAAAAUAGCAGGGAUUUCUGAUGAUGACUUGCUUAUAAUGUCAGAUGUUGAUGAGAUACCAAGCAGACACACUAUCAAUCUUUUGAGGUGGUGCGAUGACAUUCCUUCAGUUCUUCAUCUCCGGCUGAAAAAUUAUCUCUACUCUUUUGAGUUUCUCGUGGACAAUAACAGCUGGAGAGCUUCAGUCCACAGAUAUCAGACAGGCACGACGCAGUAUGCACAUUAUCGCCAGGCAGAUGACAUUUUGGCAGAUGCAGGGUGGCACUGCAGCUUUUGUUUCCGCCAUAUAAGUGAGUUUAUAUUCAAGAUGAAAGCUUACAGUCAUUUUGAUAGAGUCAGGUUCAAACGUUACUUGAACCCUGAAAGAAUCCAGAGAGUAAUUUGCAAGGGUGCUGAUUUAUUUGAUAUGCUUCCAGAGGAGUACACAUUCAAGGAAAUUAUUGGGAAAAUGGGACCAAUUCCUCAUUCCUACUCAGCUGUUCAUCUUCCAUCAUAUCUUCUGGAGAAGGCGGACAAGUAUAAAUUUCUCUUGCCUGGGAACUGCUUAAGAGAAAGUGGGUGAUUUUCCUAGAUACUUCGUUAGCUGCUUUUGUAAAGGCUACGUGGAGAUGCAGUUUGUGUGACUCCUUUUUAAGGUUUCAAUCGAACAUUUGCGAUCUGUAGCAAGUGACUGGUACGCAGCAUGCUAAAUGUCAAACUAGGAAUGGAAAAUGUUUGAAGAGGUGGGAAAAUUCUUGAGUU